AUGCACAGCAACAUUCCAUUAUCAAAUGGAAGUGGUAUAUACGCGAUCGGGCUGGAGCAGCUCCUGAAGGCACAAGAUCAUAUGAUUUUCAGAGGCCUGGAGAUGCCUGUCACUGGUCAUACCACUGGAUGCAGAGUGCUGAUUGGUGUGUUUACAAUCCCUGAGCUAGACAUAAAGACUCUCCACGUCCCCACCAGACUCAGGAGCCCAGCUGGCUUCACCCAGUGGAUCCCGCACUGGGGCUGUGGGUGGAGCUGCCUGCCAGUCCCGCGCCAUGCGCUCGCACUCCUCAGCCCUUGGGUGGUCGAUGGGACUGGGCGCCCUGGAGCUGGGGGCAGCGCUCGUCGGGGAGGCUCGGGCUGCACAGGAACCCACGGAGGCGGGGGAAGACUCAGGCAUGGCGGGCUGCAGUCCCGAGGCCUGCCCCGCGGGAAGGCAGCUAAGGCCCGGCGAGAAAUCGAGCGCAGCGCCGGUGAGCUGGCACUGCUGGGGGACCCAGUACACCCUCCGCAGCCGCUGGCCCGGGUGCUAAGUCCCUCACUGCCCAGGGCCGGCAGGGCCAGCUGGCUGCUCCGAGUGCGGGCCCGCCAAGCUCACGCCCACCCGGAACUCCAGCUGGCCCGCAAGCGCCGCACGCAACCCGGUUCCCGCUUGCGCCUCUCCCUCCACACCUCCCUGCAAGCUGAGGGAGUGCGCUCUGGCCUUGGCCAGCCCAGAAAGGGGCUCCCACAGUGCAGCGGUGGGCUGAAGGGCUCUUCAAGUGCCGCCAAAGUGGUAGCCCAGGCAGAGGAGUCGCCGAGAGCGAGUGAGGGCUGUGAGGACUGCCAGCACGCUGUCACCUCUCAAUUCAACUUGGGGACAGCUCCCCCACACAGAUCUUGAUAAUAACAGGAAAGAAAUGCACUUUUCAAUAUCUGAAGCAAUAUAACUUGGUGAGACUGAUUUGCUGAGAAGUUACUCAAAUCUCACUUCGAGAGGUCAAGGCGGGCAGAUCACCUG